AUGCCGCCUCGCGCCGCGCGCCUCGUCGCGGCCCUGGCGCUCGUCGCCUCUUCCGCCGGGGCGGUCGACGUCACGGCGUGCGACUGCCCGUACCAGCUCGACUCCGGGUGCGACGUCGACAUAGGCUACUGCGACUGCGACGUCGACUGCGACCCGUGCUUCUCCGCGGUCACGUGCGAGCAGUGCGGGGCCGUCGCGGCCGACUGCGUCUUCUGCGCGAAGGAGGGCGUGUGCGCGUCCGCGGACGCCGUGCCGACGCGCACCUCGCUUCUCCGAGACGGCCUCCCGUGGAGCGAGAGGACCGCCGCGUUCACGUGCGAGCUCGAGGACUACGCGGAUCCCGCGACCUGCGAAGCGAGCGCGUACGCGGACGCCUACUACGAAGCGCAGGCCUGGCACCUCGAGGCGAUCAACGCGCCGCGAGUCUGGGCGAUGGGCAUCACCGGAGCCGGCGUCGUGGUCGACAUCGUCGACGACGGCGUGGACGCGUCGCACCCCGACCUCGCGAAGCUCGAAGAGUGGCCGGCGAGCUGCGACCUCUACCUUCCCGGCGGCGAAGACGGCCACGGCACGGCGUGCGCGUCGCUGGCCGUCGGGAGCGCGAACUCGCACUGCGGCGUCGGCGUGGCCCACGGCGCGAGUCUCACCUCCUGCAAGAUCAUGGGGGAGGGGGGCACGACCCCGGACGCGCGGGCCAUCUACGACGCCGACCGCCCCGUCGACGUGAGCUCGAACUCGUGGGGCUGGGACGAGUGUCGAAGCAUGGGCGCGAACCCGGACGAGCGGCGCCUCUCGUCGGACGACGCGUGUCCGUUCGUCUCCGACGACGCGUGGUCCGCGCAGUCCGCGGCGGACCUCUGCGCGACGUCGUGCGCCGGCCAGGACUGGACGGCGAGCGCCGUCUCGCACGCCUGCCACGCGGCGAUCGCGGAUCACUGCGAGUGGUACUUCGAGUCCGACGAGGACGCGUGCCGCAGGUUCGACUACCUCUACGCCAGCUGCGACGGCGUCCAGAUCAACGCGUGGCAGUCCUUCCGCGCGCUCGAGCGGGGCGCCGCCGAGGGCCGCGGCGGCAAGGGCGUGAUCUACGUGUGGGCGACGGGCAACGGCUACGAGCACGCGGGCUACUACCAGCAGCUCGAGUACAUGAACAACCGCUUCGCGAUUACGGUCGGCGCCGUCGGCAGGGACCUGAGGAAGUCCUCGUACAGCGAGGGCGGCCCGGCGACCUUCGUCGUCGCGCCCGCCAGCGACCACGACGACGUCCACGGCAUGAUCGCCGCCAUACCGGUCGUCGUCGGCGCGACCGGCGACUGCGGCGACAUCGGAGUCGGCACCUCGUUCGCGUGCCCGCUCGUGGCGGGCGUCGCGGCGCUCGUGCUCGAGGCGAACCCGCAACUCGGGUGGCGCGACGUCCAAGGCAUCCUGGCGUCGACGUCGCAGCGCGUCGACCUCGCGAGCGACGAUUCGUGGACGACGAACCUCGCGGGCGUGAGCCACAGCUACAAGUACGGCUUCGGGUUGGUCGACGCGCUCGCCGCGGUGCGGGCGGCGCAGACUUGGACGAACUGGCCGGAGGAGCAGAAGCUCGAGGCGGCGAAGCACGAGGGAGCGGUCAUCCUCGACUUCGACGGCGCGGAGCACUGGGUCGAGUCGGAAAUCGAGGUCCCCGAGGCGGAGUUUCUCAUCGAAUCUGUGGUGGUUUAUGUGACGAUCAAACAUCCCCACCGCGGCGAACUCUGGAUCGAGCUCGAACGGAACGGCGUGACGAGCAUCCUGACGGACGACAUGUACGACGCAUCCACGCGCUACUCCGACUGGAAGUACCUGACGCUGCGCCACUGGGGUGAAGCCGCGGACUUGGGCCCCUUCACGCUCCGCGUCGCGGACAAGCGCCGCGGCACGACGGAUGGCUCGAGCUUCCCCGAGUGGGCCUAUCCUGGUUUUGUCUACGGCGACGACGACGGCGACCAGAACGGCGAACUCGUGUCUUGGAGGAUCGAGGUCUACGGCCGGAAGGAAGGCACCGACGCGCCGACGAGCACGUUCGCGCCGACGUCCGAGGAUUGCACGACUCCCUGCGCCCAUGAUCCUGACGACAGCGACUACCGGGGCUUCGUCGCAGAGGAUAGGACGGGCCGGCCGUGCCAGUACUGGACGUCGCAGCAACCCAACGCGCACACAUAUCUCGACACGGAUUACGGCGCGACGGACCAAGACGGCGACGGUUGCGCCGCGUACCAGGGCAACCCAAGUUGGUGCGGCUUGUUCGACGACGACGACUUCUCCUCCAACGACAUGUGUUUCGCGUGCGGGGGGGGGAACCCUUACCCGAACACGGGCCUCGGCGACCACAACUUCUGCCGCAACCCGGACGGCAAAAGCGGGGGGGCGUGGUGUUUCAACGCGGACGCGCCCGAGGGCGCCGACGGGCGGCCGGAUCGCUGGGACUACUGCGACGUACCCCAGUGCUCACCGAAUUGCGACCUCUCGCCGACGCCCGCGCCGACGGUCGCGCCAACGGCCGCGCCAACGGCCGCGCCAACGGCCGCUCCGACCGCCGCGCCGACGGCCUCGACGACCGCGCCGACGGCCGCGCCGACGCCCCAGCCCGAGACCGAGCCAGCCUCGUCUACGCCGACGCCCAACCCGUCCGCCGAUCCAACUGCCAAGCCGACGCCCGCGCCGACGACGACGACGCCCGCGCCGACGACGACGACGCCCGCGUCGACGACGACGACGCCCGCGACGACGACGACGACGACGCCCGCGCCCGCGGCGCCGCCCGGGGUCGCGGGCGAGCUCGACAUCGGCGGCAUGACCCUCGCUGAUGCGGUCGACAACUCCGACGUCUUCGCAGCGACGGUCGCGGCCAUCGCGGGCGCGGACGUGGAUGCGGGCGACGUCGAGGUGACGAUCGAAACGAUCGACGGCGUCAUCGUCGUCGUGUUCUUCGUGAACGCGGCGUCGGCCUCGAACGCGGACGAGAUCGACGAGAUACUGGCGAGAGACCUCACGCCGGAGGCCGUCGCGGAGGAGGUCGUCGCGCAGGCCGAGGCGCUCGACGCCGCCGACGCGUUCGCGGACGUCGUCGUUAUCGGCGGCGGCGGCGACUCUGGCGCGGUCGUCGGCGCGACGACGACGACCGCCGGCUUCGCGGCUAGCGGCGGUGAUACGGGGAAGAAGGACCCCUGCAAGAAGAAGAAGCUCGAGAAGAAGAAGAAGAAGUGCCUCAAGUUCGAAAAGAAGGGCCAAACGCUGUGCCAGUGGGACGAGACGAACAAGUGCCACUCGAAGACGUGCGGGUCCAACGCGGAGAAGAAGCCCUGCAAGAAGGCGGGCGGCUGCGAGUGGAAGAAGGGGCAGUGCGUGGCCUCCUCGGGAGUCUCCUGCAAGAAGCAGAAGAAGGAAAAGAAGUGCACCAAGGCCGGCUGCGCGUGGAACGCGAAGAAGGAGAAGUGCGCGGACUGCGCGAAGCAGAAGAAAUCCAAAAAGUGCAAAAAGGCGGGCUGCAAGUGGAAGAAGAGCGAGGAGAAGUGCCUCGCGAAGAAGCAGGAGUAG